AAAUUUCCCAACAAUCCCUGCCUUCGUGAACGCAACCACUUCCUUGAUACGCAGACACGGAUAGUUUCUCACGGUGGAUGUGUACUUUUUUGGCAGCCUUAUUUCUUUAAAACAACAUCAAGAAAGAGCACCACACGAACUGGUUAAACGAUCAUUUGGAGCUACACGCUUGUUUCAGACAUGACCACUGAGAAGACCGAGUACACUCCAGCGCAGACAGGACCUCUUGCUUCUUCUACUGCCUAUCCAACUUUUCCAUUAGCGUAUGGUGGGAAUGCCCCCCUCCAAGAAAUGCCCACAGGACCCACCAUGCCUGGUGCUCUGCCCUACCCUCCUCCAUCCUAUGGAAUGAUAUCCAGAGAAGGAUACGAUAACCCAUGUUCUCAACCAUAUUCCUCAUCUAACCCAGUCUUUUCCAACACCUAUGGUGGUGAUGUCUACCAUGGUGAGGAUGUGGGAUAUGCAGGUUAUGGUGCCCCAUCUUCUCAACCGUAUUCCCCACCUGGCCCAGUCUUUUCCAACACCCACGGUGAUGAUUCCUACCAUGGCGAGGAGGGCCCACCGGCUUUCUGUGACAAUCAAGACUUCGGUAUUGGAUUAGACAACAAAAGCAUCAGAAGAGCUUUCAUCAGAAAGGUGUUCCUUGUGUUAACGGCACAGCUGAUGGUGACUUUUGGUUUUGUGGCUAUUUUCACUUUUGUGGAAGAAGUCAAGGUCUUUGUCAAGGAGAACAUCUGGACUUACAUCGUGUCGUACGUCAUCUUCCUCGUAUCGGUUUUUGCCAUCAGCUGCUGUGGGAGUCUUCGCCGGAAACACCCCUGGAACUUGGUGGCUUUGUCCAUCUUGACGCUAAGCAUGUCCUACAUGGUGGGAAUGAUUGCAAGUUUCCACGACACCGAGUCGGUGGUCAUGGCAGUGGGCAUCACAGCUGUUGUGUGCUUCACAGUGGUCAUAUUCUCCAUGCAGACCAAAUACGACUUCACUUCCUGCUAUGGAGUGCUGUUUGUCUGUCUGAUUGUUCUGAUCAUCUUUGGCUUCCUCUGCAUCUUCAUCCAAAACAAAAUCCUGCAAAUCGUGUAUGGGGGACUGGGAGCAUUACUCUUCACUUGCUUCCUGGCUGUGGACACUCAGCUGCUGCUUGGGAACAAGGAGCUGUCCCUGAGCCCAGAGGAAUACGUCUUUGCCGCUCUGAACCUCUACACAGACAUCAUCAACAUCUUCCUCUACAUUCUGGCCAUCAUUGGGAGAGCAGGCAACAGUUGAGCAGAAAAAGGAACAGAGAGAUUUUGAAACAGAAAGUCAUUAGUUCACAGACGCUGUUGUCACGGUUAUUCCCUUUUUUGCUUUUGUUCUUUAUGUCUUAACUACAUAGUUACAAAAAACUUUUAUGUAACCCCAUCUGAAGCACCUUUUCCCAGAAAUCCUCUUCAGGGUUUGCUCUAAACAUCUAGUUUGAUUGAUUAAUGUUUGGCUGUGUGUUGGAAAUCUAUAUAAAUAUAACCUGCAGUGGACAUUCAGUUUGUGUUGUAUGCUUCUUGGAAUGAAUUAAAAAGUAUAGAAAUCAGACAAAAUUCCUAAUUAAGUUGCAUUUGCAAUUUUUGUUCCCCACUUUUGCAUGUUUGCUCUGGUUUACAGGUUUCAUUGGUCAAAACAGUAAAAGAUAAUAAAAGCAGAAAUCAUAUA